ACCUCCGUCAUCGGGUUCAUUAGACACCGGAUCCGAGCAGGAUGAAGACCCUCCUCCUGGCACUGUUCCUGGCCCUCCUCCUGGCGACGGUCGCCGCCCAGCAGCUCUCCAGGUCGAAGAGGUUGACCGCUUUCGGAAAGUCGCCGAGCAACCCAUCAUCGCCUCCACCGCCGCUCGUAGGUAAAGGCAAGGAGUGCAAAUCGAAUCAGGACUGCGCCCAUAUCAUUUACUCGAGCUGCAAAACCGACGACAGGGAUCUGAGAAAGCGAUGCAUUUGCAACGACGGUUCACCGAUCAAAAACGGCCAGUGCGUCAACCGGCCGAGAGUGAGGCGAGGGUACGUUCCAUCGGGCCUUGGGCGGAAGGAAAAAGAUGCUGUCCUGUUCCGACCCGCCCCAACACCCCCAUUCUUCCCGAUCCAGACAAACCGGGUUAACAUGACGACGACGAGGAAACCGCUCUUCGUUCCUCACAUCAGGCUAGGUCUGAGAGAAACGUGCAAGAACGACGGCGAAUGCCUGGAGGGAGGUGAAUGCAAGAUCAACCCCAACGCGACGACGUCCGCAUCGCAGAGAACGACAAAGGUCUGCCUCUGCAGAGAGGGCCGAAUAGAACAAAACAACCAGUGCAACGGGAGUGAACUGCAUACACAAACGUGGAGUGUCGCGCUUGCUUUUGGGUUACUUUCGAUUCUUUUAGGAGGCCGUCAGUACUGAUGUGACCUCGCUCAGGCAAAACAUCGAACCAUAAUUUAAUCAUAAUACAUAUAACGUACAUUCAUAGGAAGCAUUAAUUCACACCUUUCUACACGUGUUUGUAUAAUAAAAUGCUAAAAGGAACAAAUAUUUCAGUCCGGUCCGAGAGGAAACAACUAUAAUAUGGAGAAUACGUAUCAAAAGAUAAUGUACAGUUCCUAUGGAUUCGAUUCUUUAGCAUGCUGUUUGUAGAUUCAGUGCAUUGAGAUCGUGUAAAUAACGUCUUUUGACUCGUUCAUUGCAGAUAUAUUUUAAAACAAAUGUAGCCGAGCACUCAAAUGAUUCUUUACGAUGGAACGAACGGAAAUUGGGAUGAUCCGGACGUCUUUUACAUUUAUAUAUUUGACAUUUCUAGAUGGUCCACAUUUUCAGUAUUAAGUUAUUCAUGUCGAUGCUACUGCAUAUAGCUAUUUAAGAUUGAUACAAUUUAUCAAUAGUGGAUGUUAGUUUUCUUAAUCUAGAUUUCUAUUUCUAUUUUAAAAUAAAAUUUCAAAAAUAAAAGAACUUGUAUAUUUGUACCGUAUCAGCCUGUUUCUUGAUCAUUAACAUAAUUAAACGUAUUAUACCUGA